AUGACGAUCAAAUCCCGAGCAGACCAACUGUGGGCGCAGCGUAAUCGCAAUCCGCCUAUCGCGGCUCUUGCUUGCCUGACGUUGGCGAAUAUCAUUGGCAUAGUCACUGGCGCACUCGCAUCCGCAUCGCUGAAGAACAUAAACGAUGCCAAGGGUCAGGCACCCAUUCUGUUCGGCGAUGGCGCGAGUUUAGGAGCUGCCUCUUUCCUUGGCGUUGGCGGCGCAGUGAUCGCUGCAGGAGCGAUUGCAGGCUCGGCAACGGGCUUGGUCAACUUGCUCAUCACGUUCAGACCUGGCUAUUAUAAGAAGCCAAUCAUGCUCUCGCUCAUCAUCUCGAGCGUCUUCCUCUUCGCGGCAGUAUUGGCAGCGACCGUCAUCGUUGCUACCGGGCAUGCGGUCCUCGAUGUCCCAGGCGUACCUCAGUCGGAGAUUGGCUCAUACGUCGAUCGUCUUGGAGUCACCCUUGCCUACAACCAAUCCUCGCUCGGCAAAGCCUACGUUAUCACGGGCUGGCUUUCGAUCUUGUUCACCGUGCUCGCGACUGUAUUCACCUAUGUAGAGACAAGAAGCUGGACUGGCGUCAGACCUAGCGAAUCUGUAGACAGCCUCGACAAGGACGGCCAUGCCGGCCGGGCAUGA